AGACGAUCACACCGAAAUUGUGGCUUGUUUCACUGAGAUCUGCCCAAGAAACUGAUAUGCCACAGAAGAAUAACCGGUUAUAUGCAGUAAACUGUACUCGUAGUCGCAGUGCGCGGUACUCGACCGCGAAGUUCACAGUGCACCAUAAUUUGUUUACAAAUAAAUUUAUUUUAUUUUCCCUGAUUUUGAUUGGUUACUUAAGCGAUGGCCAUUCCGUCAAACAUUACCAACCAAGCGAAGAUCGUUCAUUUUUGGCGAUACCGAUUCGAAACACCAAUGAGUGUGUACGGAUAUAAUGCAUCGUCGACAACCCGUGACGUAAGGAAUCGAACAACAGCAGUGGACUAUCAGCAGGAGACUACCACGUUCCCGCCACGCCCAUCUCCCGUCAACCCACAGGAAUGGGCAGCGUACCGCACCAAAGUAAUUGUGGCCGUGGCCGUUCCCGCCGUCAUUCUCGCCAUGCUCAUAUGGUUUGUCAUAUACCGGUGUCGGCAACAUCGAAUUCGUCGGAGUGCGGACGAAGAUGCCUUUCGCGCUAUGGUUGAUCAGUUCCUGGCCGACGAAGCCGAAGAGGAAGAGCAUAGGCAAGCCAAUGGCUUACCGUUGCCACCGUUAGACAUCGAGACGUUGCAGCAAAUCGAGGUCACCAACGAGUCCGACGACAUAUGUCCAACCUGUCGACAGACCUUCGCCGUCGGCGAAAUGAAGAUGCUUCUGCCCUGCGAUCACGUUGCCAUGCGACUUGCUUGACCACCUGGCUGACGAUCUACUCGCGCCAAUGUCCCGUUUGCAGGCAACCUGUACAGAUUGUUGAACUUGCCGCGAGUCUUUCGUCUCCGGUCAAAGCUGACACUGUAUCUGCUCCUGGAUGACUAAGCUUAACGGCUAACCGAAUUUCCAUGUUCUGCUUUAAUGUUCUUUUUUAAAAGUCAAUCAAUUCAGUGCAAAUGCAUCUGUAACACAAUAAGGCAUGGUUUACAUGCUUGUGGUCUUUUGCCGGUUGUGCUUGAUUCGUCCGUGAAUACGCAUAAGAAAACUUGAAAGAAAUUAUUAACCGUUGCUUUAUACGAUGCAAUAUUUUCCUUCUGCUGUAAUAGUGUUUUCGUUGGUUUAGAAAGUGUGGCAUCAGUACAAAGGCCCAAAGGUCAGUUUGUCAUUAAUAGCUCCGUCUGGCAGUAAAAUUCUUUCAUGUUCGUCACAA